ACUCUUUGACGAUGUCCAUUUCAUGCAGAAUGCUUUGAACCAGACCUAUGUCCCAGAUGCAGUGCUGCCUUCUGGGGAGCCUUGGCUCCAGAACGGCCCCUCUCGUGCACUGCUUUCCUUGCCCUCCUGUCUGCUUCUCUGUCAAUACUCCGGUGCUGGAAUGCGUGGCUCUGGAUCUUCUAGUGAGGAUCAUACAGGAGAUAUGAAAGUCUAUGCCAAAUAUCCACUUCAGCAGGGCGUCAUGUUUGGGCCAUUUGUUGGAGAAACCUGCAGACAAAUGCCAAAUAAUCUAAAAUAUUCCUGGGCUGUUAGAGAUGAUGCUGCUUUCAUAUACAUUGAUGCUGCUGAUGAAAACAAGUCCAACUGGAUGAGGUAUAUCAGGUAUACAAGCAGGGAGGAAGAACACAACAUGUACAUCUUCCAGUUUUACCGUCACAUCUACUACAGGGUUUCCAAACCCAUUCCAGAAGGAACAGAGCUUAGGGUCUGGAUUGGGAAGGACUACGCCUCCAUGCUGGGCCUGGGAAUAGGUGAGUGCAGCAUCAGGUGACGGUUGUGUGAUCAU